AUGCUGGAAAUCACCCCGAAGCGCCCCUUCCUGCCGAACGAAUAUCCAGGCCUCUCCCAACUCCUCGGGACUCGUGGCGUAUACAUGGAUAUAACCAGGCGCCAGUAUGGCGAUGUUCCCAGUCUCGCGCCCGUCUCGACAUACCCAGCACUUGAGAUAUCAUCCGGACAACUUGCCCCCGAGGUGAUAGGCGCUACAUACCAUGAUCACCUGCGCCAGAUUCGUCACGGCAUCCAAGAUCCCCAAAAGCCUCUGGUUGAAUGCCUUGAGGCAGAAGCGAUAAUUCGUACCGUCAACAACGCCUUCUACCGUCACUUUGUCGUCAACGGCGGACACGCCAUCUUUUCUCAUUUCGACGACAAGGCGCACGAAAGUACUGUCUCUAAGAUUAUUGAGCAUGUUAAAGAAGACGUGGAGCACCUGAUGCAGUUCUGUUGGGUGGGAAACUGGAUGGGCAUCCCGCAGGCGAAGGUUGAGUCGAUGCACAAAGACAUUGUGCGCAGCUGUGAGGGCAAAGGACAUACAAUGAUCACAGCCGUGUUGGAGGAAACUUCAGGUCUACAGCUGGCUUCUUUGGAGGAAAUUUCCUGA